AUAUAUAUAUAAAGAAGAAUUAGAAAUAAUACCGAUUGGUGUAAUCAUUUGAUAUUUCUUUUAAUUAAAUUACGUCCUUUUUUUAAAGAAAAGAAAAUUUUUAAAAAAAAAAGAAAAAAAGAAAAGAAAAAAGAAAAAAAGAGAAGUUUCUCUCCAUACUGAGCUAUUCAACUAAAUUAUAUUUUCAUUUAUGUUACUCUGUGUAUAACAAUGAUCAUAAUGAUAUUGAUUAAGAAAUUAUUCCUAUUUCAAAAUGGAUCAUUUUUAAUGGAUGGUAACUCAUUUCUAUCAUACUACUUAUAAUGAUGUUAUCAUUCUAAUAUCUAUGUAAUAUAUAUUAAGGAGAUAUGUUCUUAUAUCAUUAUAAAUUCUUGUUUAGUAUAUUAUAUAUUCUAUUAUAUAAUUAUGGAUUGAUUUAUAUUACAUCAGUAAAUAAUCCUAUUGUAAUAACAUUUGUUAUUGAAGAGAAUCUCCCAAUCGGUUCUGAAGUUGGACGAAUCAACUUGGAACCAGAUCAUCAUCAUAAUAAUAAUAAUAAGACAAAUGAUUACAUAACAUUUACAUUACAAGAUACAACAUAUUUUAAUUUUGAUAAAAUUAUAUUGAAUAAAUUAAUUGUAUGUAAAUUAUUAGAUAGAGAUAUUGAUAGAAAAUUAUGUAGUGAAAGUGGUUGGCCAGAAAUAUGUGCAUGGUCUAGUGUUAUCUUUGUUAAUGAUGGUAGAUUAUUAAGUUUACGUAUUGUGAUACGUGAUAUUAAUGAUAAUAUACCGAAAUGGUUAACUAAAAAUAAUAUUGAUCAACCAUUAUUAGAAAUAUGGAUUAUAGAAAAUUCAUUAAUUGGUACUAUUAUUGAUUUACCAUUAGCAUAUGAUCCAGAUAUUGGUGAAAAUUCUAUUAUAAAAUAUGAAUUAGCUAAUUCAGAUCACCAUCAUGAUCAUCAUAAUAAUAAUACAUUAUCAUUAUUUCAAAUUGUGAAUUCACCUAGUCCAAAUGGACCAAUAUUUCAAAUGAUUAUCAAUGGUAUAUUGGAUCGUGAAUUAUUAUCCAUUUAUGAAUUGACUGUAGCUGCUGUUGAUGGUGGAGGAAAUCGUGGUUAUGCUAAAUUAAUUAUACAUGUUGCUGAUGAAAAUGAUAAUUCACCAAUUUUUCAACACUGUAAUCAUAAAACUAAUAAUAAUAAUAAUAAUAAUAAUAAUAAUAAUAGUUAUAUAAAUAAAACAGAAUCCAUUAUUGGACAAUCAUGUGAAAUGAUUGUGAAUAUCGAUGAAGAUAUCCCAAUUGGUAGUACAUUACCAAUACAUCUUAUAGCAAAUGAUAUAGAUGAAGGAGAAUUUGGUCAUGUAACUUAUCGAUUUGCUUUAUCCGCUCCAGAUGUAGCAAGAAGAGAUUUUAAAAUUGAUCGUGAAACUGGUACAAUUCUUGUUCGAUCACCAUUAGAUUAUGAUACUGGUGGAUUAACACAAUAUCUAUUUAAUAUAGUUGCUGAAGAUGGUGGUCUACCACCAUUAACAGCAACAACACGUAUUAUUAUUAAUAUACAAGAUAAAAAUGAUAAUUCACCACAAAUUACAAUUACACCAGCAUUUUUACAAGAAGAUAAUUAUAAAUCAUUCGUAUAUCAACAAAAUACAACCAAAUUAACAAAUAUGGAUAUGAUGAAAUCAACAUUGUAUCUCAUUGAAAAUAAGUUACCUGGAGCAUUGAUUGCAACGAUUACAGUUUCUGAUCAAGAUUCUAAUGAAAAUGGUCAAUUCACAUGUCAAUUAGAUCAUACAGAUGAAUUAAAUUUAAUUUAUUUAAGAAAUUUAGGUAAAAUUAGUGUAUAUCAAUUAUGUUCAUUACGUUCAAUUGAUCGUGAAAUACAACCAGAAUUACGUGUUACAUUAAAAUGUGAAGAUAAUGGUAUUGAUAAUAAACAAAAAACAAUUGAAUUAUUAACUAUACAUAUAUUGGAUAUAAAUGAUAAUUCACCAAUGUAUACAAAUAAACGUUAUAGUUAUCAAGUAUCUGAAACCAAUGAUAUUGGAUUAUUAAUUGGAGAAGUUACAGCACUGGAUCCUGAUCUUGGAUUAAAUGGUGAACUGAAUUAUUCUAUUCAGUGGCCUCCAGGUCAAGGACCGAAUCCUUUUGAAGUUAAUGAAAAAGGUGAACUGAUAACUCGUAUGCCACUGGAUAGAGAAAAUCAACCCGAAGGUUAUCAUUUUAUUGUAAAUGCAUAUGAUAAUGGUGAACCACGAUUAUCUGGAUCAACACAUGUAGAAAUUGCUUUAAUUGAUAUUAAUGAUUGUCAUCCAAUAUUUACACAAGUCAAUUAUCAUUUUUCAUUAGAUGAAGAAUUAGAAAUGAAUUAUACAAUAGAAUCAUAUGUAAUUGGUCAAGUGAAAGCAACUGAUUGUGAUAUUGGUUUGAAUGCUCAAUUAAUCUAUUCACUUGAUACUACUAUAAAUUAUAAAAUGGAUCAUCCAUUUCAAGUAACAAAAGAUGGUUAUGUAAAAACAACAAAAAGUAUUGAUCGUGAAACACAUCCAGCCUUUUUACUUCAAGUUCUAGCUACUGACAAUCCACAAACACCGGAAAAGCAACUUACAGCUACAGCACAAGUUCAUAUAACCAUCUUAGAUAUUAAUGAUAAUGAACCAAUAUUUCAAAGACCACCGUUUGAUAAUGGGACUAAUGAGGUGGAAAUAUCAUAUAAUGAUGUCCCAGGUCAUUUAAUAGAAAAAGUUGAAGCAAUCGAUAAAGAUAUUGGUGCAAAUGGAAAAAUUACAUUUUCAUUCAAUCAUAAACAAUCUAUCAAUUCAAUGUUUAUGAUAAGAGAAAAUACUGGAGAAAUAUUUUUACAAAAAGAAUUAUCCAUUAAAGAUAUAGGAACUAUACCAUUGAUUAUAUUGGCUACAGAUAUGGGAUUAAUACCUAAAACAACAACAACAACAAUUUAUAUAAAAAUUUCUGAUAAACCAACCAAUAUAUUCCGUUUGAGUACAAUAAAUCAAUAUGAUUCAUCUAAUGAACAAUUAUCUACAACAUUCUUAACAUAUUUUAACAUGGAUACAAAUAAAUUUAUCAUUAUUUGUAUUAUAUUAAUUACUUUUAUUAUAUGUACAGUAUUAAUCUCUGUUAUAUUUACUAUAUCACGUAAUAAUAAUAAUAAUAAUUGUAAUGUAUUUAAUCAUAAAGCUACGGUUACAACUAAACCAAUCACUGCAUAUAAUGAGAAUACACAUAGUUAUCAUACUAAUUUAGUAGAAAAAUCUCCACCAGAUAUAAUUAAUGUUACAUUGCCUAGUAAAUCAAUCAAUUAUCCCUUUGAUUGUAUAGAUGUUGUGAAUACAUUUGAACAAAAUAAUAAUAAUAAUAAUAAUAAUUAUUUACCAACAUUUUAUGAACAAACAACAUCUAUGACACUACCAUAUACAUUUCAUGAAACAGAUUUAAGAUUUUAUGAUCAAUUAAUGCCAGCUAAUGAAAAAUUAUUAAAUGGCUUUCAACCAACAGAAAAUAAUAUACAAAUUCAAACAUCACUUAAUCAUUUCAUUGGAAAUGAACAAACUGAACCAUUAAUUCAUAAUCAUAUAAAAUCAUUGAAUGAACCAUCAUAUACUACUAAUAAAUUGAUUACUAAUUAUUAUCCAACUUAUAAAUUGAAUGAUACAUUAUCAAAUUAUAAAAGUACUAAUCCAAUAGAACAUUCUAGAUAUUGUGAUACAAUAAGUAAUUUGCCUAUUUCUUUUAUAAAUAAUAAUGAUUCUAUUCAUAAUAUGAAUAAUAAUAAUUUCCCUUCAAUUCUUCAUUCCAAAGAUGAUUCAUUACAAUAUCCUUUCACAUCCAAUCAAUUCACUUAUGGUAAUUUUUAAAAUGACCUCACUUCAUUGUAAACAAAUUUAAUAUAGUUUUGUUUGUUUGAUUAAAACAAAACAUUAUAAUUUUGCUUCUUUCAAACAAACUGGCAAACAUUUCAAAUCACAACAACAUAUACAAUUUCUCUUAUUGAACACAUUGAAACUGUUACUUAAACUGGUUACACAUAACCUGUUGUAUUAUUUGUAAUUCAUUAAACAAAAUAAGAACAAAAAAUUGGACUGAGAUACAAUGACC